AUGAGCUUUAAAUCGCGAAUCGGUCAACUAGCUCCAAUGGUAGACUUCAGUGUGAGUAAUGUAACAAUAGAAUUGGACCAUGAGCAGAUAGAGAAAAUUCUAGAAGACUUUGAAGACACGGAAUCAGAAUCGGAAAUGAUGUCGGAUGACGAGAGCCCGAAUCCGCUGCAAAUGUUUGCUGAGGUAGCUGGAAAGGUUGCACGAGAAGAAGGUCUGCCAUAUUGA